UCGGUAGAUGAUGAACUAGAAGGCGGCAUGAGGAACCGUAGACUGGAUGUUACAGACAAGCAAAACACACAGCAUAGCUAACGUCACGAGAAACGCGAGGCUGUCUAAAUUGAACCUGGCACCGCGUGAGAGGUUAUCAUUAACUGUGGCGCGCGCGCACUCCUGGCGGGUGAAGGAGCUGUAUGCUACUGAGGGUGGGGUGUGUGUGUAAGAAGGGUCAUAGGUUUCUGCUUCGUGCGUUCUCCUGUGGCGUUGCCAUGGCGAAGAGCAAGUUUGAGUACGUGCGGAGCUUCGAGACGGAUGACACCUGCCUCAGAAACUGCUACAUUGUAGUGAGACUGGAUGGGCGCAACUUCCACAAGUUCUCUGAACAGCACGGGUUUGUGAAGCCGAACGACGAGCGGGCGUUGGCUCUGAUGAGGCGGAGCGCCGGGUGUGUGAUGGAACAGCUGGACGAUGUGUGUGUGGCGUACGGACAGAGCGACGAGUUCAGCUUCGUCUUCAAACGAUCAACCAACUGGUUCAAAAGAAGAGCCAGUAAACUCAUGACACACGUGGCCUCCCAGUUUUCCUCCAGUUUCGUUUUCUUCUGGGGGGAGUAUUUUACCCAUCAGCCCCUGCUCUACCCCCCCAGCUUCGACGGGCGAGUGGUGCUGUAUCCUAGCAACCGUAACCUAAGAGACUACCUGAGCUGGCGACAGGCUGACUGUCAUAUUAAUAACCAGUACAAUACAGUCUUUUGGACUCUGGUGCAGAAAGGAGGCUUGAGCACUACUCAAGCUGAAGAACGACUCAAGGGUACAGUGGCAGCAGAUAAGAAUGAGAUUCUGUUCUCUGAGUUUAACAUUAACUACAACGCCGAACCCCAGCUUUACCGCAAAGGCUCCACACUCAUCUGGGACACGGCAGAAGAGGUCACCACUAAGAAGGUGAAACCAGCCAAUCAGAGUGAACGGGAAGUACAUGUGACCCGCACCAGGAAGAAGAUCACCACCCACCAUUGUGACAUCAUUGGAAGCCAGUUCUGGGAGGAGCAUCCGGACAUCUUAGAAUCCGACUGACCUGGAGGAAUCUGUUGUUGUGUUGGGAACCAUUUCAAGAACUUUCCAGAACCUUCAGACACACUCACACACACACAAUGCCACUUGACUGUUGCUGAACAUUAGACAUGAUGUUGUGCCACUCCGAGCCCGUAGGGGGCGUGUGUCUGUGCGCACACACUGCAUUUCUGCUGGGUGAGAUGCAGACUGCCAGGUGUGUGUGAGGUUCCACUGCUUUUUCAUGUAUCAUGUAAUAAACCAUCUGUCUUAA